AUGUGGACCGUCAUGCGUCCACUUGCGUCCCUCAUCCCAUUCCUACUCGCUGCUUCUGCUGCACCAGCAGAUCCACCAUCUCAGCGGAGUCCAAUCAUGAUUGAUGAAACAGCUACUCAGCUUGUCGAUACCAAUGGCCAUGAUUCUUGGAUGCCUCCGGCUGGAAAGCGUGACUAUCUCAAUGUGAACCUCAUAGAUAGUGAGCCCACCACUACCAUCACAGCCUUCAUGGCGGAUGGUCCAGUCAACACGGCCCUGGCCAAAAGAACAAGCAAGGCUUGCAAGCCUAAGACCACAUCCAUGCCGUCGUGCUCAAUGCGGAACCAGGAUCCCGACGAAGGAAUCAACUCCGCGUAUUGUGUCUGCAAUGGAGUCACUCUGCCACUGUUGACCCCAACCCACGUCACUAUUGCAACCCAAAGCUGUGAAUACACCGCUAUUCCAACGAGUGGGCACAUCACAACCAAGCCCCAUUUAGGCCCUGCUACCACAGACAAAAAGAUGUGCCAGGUGUGUACUCCUGUGGUCAACAAUGAGGAUGAAUGUUCUUCCAUCAAGAACUGCGUUGUCCAGACGGGAGCGGUGACUAUCGAAGCCGGUAGCUCUUCAGUGCAUGUCGGUACCAUGACUGGCUCUGCGCUCUACACUGGAAUUUCAAAGGCACUGGAAUCAUUGUGUCCCUCCGUCACACAGACAAAGAGCAUGACGGGGUGCUCGACAGACACCGCGAAAGUCAAGAACGUCCCCUUCGUGGAUGCCGGAUUCCUUGCCGAAGGAACUAUUGACGUCAAGGUCGGCUCUAGCGCGUACAACGUCACUUCAUUGCGAGACGCUAUGAUCCGCAGUGCGGCACUGGCAGCGAUGCACUCGGCUUCUGGAAAGAAUUGCUACAGCGUCCAAUACGAUACCGAGGUAUACAGGAAGCGAGACGAUGAGUCUUGGUUAUCGGGAAUGGUACCUUCCAUACUCAAACGCGAUCAUCCUUACCCUGAAAGUCAUCAUGGAACAUUCUGCAACAUGGCCGGAUUUGCAGGAGUUCAGUAUUACGAUCCUUGGUGGAGACUCGGCCCGCCUGGACCUUCGGACUACAUUGACGUUGAAUAUUCAUUCGACUCUGGCGGUGGAGGCGACUUUGCAUGUGACCUCCUGACAGGUUUGGUCGAUGCUUUUGCGAUUGUGCAGCCGGAGUUUGCUGUUGGGGAUAUUGAGCUGGGAGAGGCAAUCAAUGUUAUAUGCAAAGAGCACGAGUGA